AUGGAGUCUACAAUUCAAUUGGUGUCCGCAAGGAAGAUAUUUUUGGUAUUAGUUCUGAUAUGGAACCAGACGACAGCAACGACGAAAUCUUCUGGAGAUGGCCACUUCACGUGUCAAGGAAUUGGAAUAUUCCCAGAUGAAAUGGACUGCAGCAAUUACUAUAUUUGCUUACGGAUUUCAUCGUCCUAUCUAGUCACACAUCUGAGAUGUCCGUUAGGCAUGAACUUCGAUGAACAAACACGCCAAUGCAUGUAUCAGUUUCCAUGUCAUUAUCCAAAUUCCAGAUUGAACCAAACAGAAAAUUAUACAGCAGCCACAACUGAAGAAUCAACCAUACUUCCUGGUACGAAUGAUGGUCCAAGUGAUUGUGGCAAAUAUCCCAAUUUGAAUGAUCCCACUUGUACUACUUAUUAUCGAUGUAGUCGACUCAGCAAUGGUUCCUACUCACAAAGAUUGCAUAGAUGUCCUGAUAAUUCUUAUUUUGAUCCAGUUCUACAAGACUGUAAUGAGACCUUUAUGUGUCAAUGUUCAUAUUGUGAGAUGGGUUCAAGUAGUAUGGAAAUGGUUAAUAAUGACAGUACAAUACAGACAUCAACUACCAAGCCAAUGAUAACCUCUGAUAUCUCGUUGGAAACUUCAACAUACAGCGAGGCAGACUUGACAACUAUAAUACCGACUGCGAUGACUUUUUUCAUGACGAGUGCAGAUAUAUAUCCCUGUAUUUAUGUCAAUAAUCCCUACUACUUUUCGUGCCAUGAUGAAGGUAGAUACUCUAAUUUGAAUGAUCCUACUUGCCAGACAUUCAACUUGUGCAAUGUGAAUAGCAACGGUUCAUUUACGAAAGCCUUAUACCUUUGUCCAGAAGGAUCAAUUUUCAAUCCUGAAUCUCAAGAAUGUGACACUAGUAUUCAGUGCCCCUGUGAGCAUGUUAUGAGGAAACAAAAUAUCACGAGCAUAUCCACAUUAUACAAGAAACCAUACGAUGCUGAGUCAAUAUCACACAUAUCGAUAUCCACCGAUGUAGAAAUAAAUCCAGCCGCCCAUUGGGAUGUUGAUUUUGAAAAGUGCAAUUAUAUUGGGAAUUCUGAGUAUUUCUCCUGUAAUAGCAGAGGCAGAUUUCGAAAUCUCAAUGAUCUAACAUGUCAAACUUAUUAUCUCUGUGAUUUAUUAGGAAAUGGUUCAUACAUCCAAACAGAGUACAGUUGCCCUAACGAAUCCUAUUUCGAUUCAAUUACUCAAGAAUGUGAGACUAACUACACAUGCCCUUGUGAAGAUUUUUCGACAUUAACAAGCGAUUCUAUAUUUACUUCCACAAUUGCUUCCCAAACAGAUGGUUCUGUAUCUGUAGAUAAAACCACUAUUUCAGAAAUCACCUCAACUAUCAUAAAUACCACUACAGAACCAUGUGAGUAUAUGGAAGAUUCCGAAUAUUUCUCUUGCAGUAGCAAGGGCAGAUAUAGAAAUCUCAAUGAUCGAACCUGUCAAACUUAUUAUCUUUGCAGUCAAUUGAGGAACGGUUCAUUCAUCCGAACCCUGUACACUUGCCCUGAUGGAUCAUAUUUCAAUCAAGUGAAUGAAAAGUGUGAAGCCAACUACAAAUGUCCAUGUGAGAGUUAUUCAACAUCAACAAAUGAUCCUAUAUCUACUUCAACUCCCACAAUUCCUACCCAAACGAAUGAAUCUGUAAAUGAGACCACUUCAUCAGAAAGCACCUCAACUAUCAAACAUUCCACUUCAGAAUCAUGUGAGUUCAUUGAGGAUUCUGGUUAUUUUUCUUGCAGUAGCAAAGGCAGAUAUAGGAAUCUCAAUGAUCCAACCUGUCAAACUUAUUAUCUUUGUAGCAAAUUGAGAAACGGUUCAUUCAUCCAAACUCCGUACACAUGCCCUGAUGGAUCAUUUUUCAAUCGAGUGAAUGAAAAGUGUGAAGCCAAUUACAAAUGUCCAUGUGAGAGUGUUUCUUCAUCGACUAGUGAGUCUACAUCUACUUCAUCUCCUACUAUUUCUACCCAAACAGAUGACUCUGUAUCUGAAAAUGAAACCACUUCAUCAAAAGUCACCUCAACUAUUUCAGAUACCACUUCAGAAUCAUGUGAGUUCAUUGAGGAUUCCAGUUAUUUUUCUUGUAGUAGCAAAGGCAGAUAUAGGAAUCUCAAUGAUCCAACCUGUCAAACUCAUUAUCUUUGUAGCAAAUUGAGAAACGGUUCAUUCAUCCAAACUCCGUACACAUGCCCUGAUGGAUCAUAUUUCAAUCAAGUGAAUGAAAAGUGUGAAGCCAACUAUAAAUGUCCAUGUGAGAGUGUUUCCUCAUCAACAAGUGAGUCUAUAUCUUCUUCUUCUCCUACUGCUCCUACCCAAACAGAUGGCACUGAAUCUGAAAAUGAAACCACUUCAUCAGAAGUCACCUCAACUAUUUCAGAUACCACUUCAGAAUCAUGUGAGUUCAUCGAGGAUCCCGGUUAUUUUUCUUGCAGUAGCAAAGGCAGAUAUAGGAAUCUCAAUGAUCCAACCUGUCAAACUUAUUAUCUUUGUAGCAAAUUGAGAAACGGUUCAUUCAUCCAAACCCCGUACACAUGUCCUGAUGGAUCAUAUUUCAAUCAAGUGAAUGAAAAGUGUGAAGCCAACUACAAAUGUCCAUGUGAUAGUGUUUCCUCAUCAACAAGUGAGUCUAUAUCUUCUUCUUCUCCUACUGCUCCUACCCAAACAGAUGACUCUGUAUCUGUAAAUGGAACCACUUCAUCAGAAGUCACCUCAACUAUUUCAGAUACCACUUCAGAAUCAUGUGAAUUCAUCGAGGAUUCCGGUUAUUUUUCUUGCAGUAGCAAAGGCAGAUAUAGGAAUCUCAAUGAUCUAACCUGUCAAACUUAUUAUCUUUGUAGCAAAUUGAGAAACGGUUCAUUCAUCCAAACCCCGUACACAUGCCCUGAUGGAUCAUAUUUCAAUCAAGUGAAUGAAAAGUGUGAAGCCAACUAUAAAUGUCCAUGUGAGAGUGUUUCCUCAUCAACAAGUGAGUCUAUAUCUACUUCAUCUCCUACUAUUUCUACCCAAACAGAUGACUCUGUAUCUGUAAAUGGAACCACUUCAUCAGAAGUCACCUCGACUAUUUCAGAUACCACUUCAGAAUCAUGUGAGUUCAUUGAGGAUUCCAGUUAUUUUUCUUGCAGUAGCAAAGGUAGAUAUAGGAAUCUCAAUGAUCCAACCUGUCAAACUUAUUAUCUUUGUAGCAAAUUGAGAAACGGUUCAUUCAUCCAAACUCCGUACACAUGCCCUGAUGGAUCAUUUUUCAAUCAAGUGAAUGAAAAGUGUGAAGCCAAUUACAAAUGUCCAUGUGAGAGUGUUUCUUCAUCGACUAGUGAGUCUAUAUCUACUUCAUCUCCUACUAUUUCUACCCAAACAGAUGACUCUGUAUCUGAAAAUGAAACCACUUCAUCAAAAGUCACCUCAACUAUUUCAGAUACCACUUCAGAAUCAUGUGAGUUCAUUGAGGAUUCCAGUUAUUUUUCUUGCAGUAGCAAAGGCAGAUAUAGGAAUCUCAAUGAUCCAACCUGUCAAACUUAUUAUCUUUGUAGCAAAUUGAGAAACGGUUCAUUCAUCCAAACCCCGUACACAUGCCCUGAUGGAUCAUAUUUCAAUCAAGUGAAUGAAAAGUGUGAAGCCAACUAUAAAUGUCCAUGUGAGAGUGUUUCCUCAUCAACAAGUGAGUCUAUAUCUACUUCAUCUCCUACUAUUUCUACCCAAACAGAUGACUCUGUAUCUGUAAAUGGAACCACUUCAUCAGAAGUCACCUCGACUAUUUCAGAUACCACUUCAGAAUCAUGUGAGUUCAUUGAGGAUUCCAGUUAUUUUUCUUGCAGUAGCAAAGGCAGAUAUAGGAAUCUCAAUGAUCCAAUCUGUCAAACUUAUUAUCUUUGUAGCAAAUUGAGAAACGGUUCAUUCAUCCAAACCCCGUACACAUGUCCUAAUGGAUCAUAUUUCAAUCAAGUGAAUGAAAAAUGUGAAGCCAACUACAAAUGUCCAUGUGAGAGUGUUUUUCCCUCAACAAGUGACUCUGUAUCUAAUUCUCCUCCUACUGUUCCUACCCAAACAGAUGACUCUGGAUCUGAAAAUGGAACCACAACCACUUCAUCAGAAGUCACCUCAACUAUUUCAGAUACCACUUCAGGAUCAUGUGAGUUCAUCGAGGAUUCCGGAUAUUUCUCUUGCAGCAGCAGAGGCAGAUAUAGAAAUCUCAAUGAUCCAACCUGUCAGACAUAUUUCCUCUGCAACUUAUUGAGGAAUGGUAGUUUCAUUCAAACCCAGUACAGUUGUCCCAAUGCUUCCUAUUUCAAUCCACCAACGCAAAAGUGUGAUGCCAACUACGAAUGCCCGUGUAAAAAUUCAUCGACCACAACAACUGAACCAAUUUCGACCCAAUCUCCGACGAUCUCUACAGUAUCAGAAGGAUCCACAUCUGCAGACGUG